GACCAUUUUUAAAUAAUUUUGAAGCUUAAAACGCAAAAUACACAUAUUUUACACACAUAUGUACUUCAUAACCGUUUGCUGGUUUAAAGGUACAUAUAUAACGUAUAUAAAUUGUCUAAACUUGCCACAAAUCACCUGGAAUUGCCACUGUAGCAUCAUCGUUGGUUACGACAAAUAUAACGCUCCAGUGAUUAUCUGUUACGCUAUGUUCAAUCAACCGUGUCGCAUUAUGAUCAAACAAUCAUCGUUAUGACGACACCGCAAAAAAGUAACUUUAUAAUGUUUACAUUUAUACACAAUUUAUUGCAAAAAUGCAUCCCUUAUGGUAUUAUUUUACUGCUUUUAUGUGUAUUUUGACCGUACACAAUAGCUAUGCGACCAACGUCAUCCCGAGUCACCCUAAAAUCGAACUUCAUUGCAAGCAAAUCGGUAAACCAGGGAGGAUCCGUCUAGUUUUAUUGAAACAAGCUUCACCGUCGGUUAUCCGUUGCGAGCUGUAUAAAAAUAACGCGAUGUUAAAUUUACAAGCAACUCUUUUUCAUGGAAAGAAGACCCGCCCUUCCAAAUUAACUUAUGUAACGUUUAAUUCCACCUGGAGCAAAAAGUACAGCGUUAUAUCACGUAGAAACCAGACAGAAUGGACAUUCUCAAUCGCCGAGCGGGAUUUCUUUCAUCACGUGACGGAUUUUGAAAUCCCAGUGACGCAAACGCCUACGUACGUACAUACGUCAUUAAAAUGGUACAUGCGUGUUAGCAUGUGUCAUCCCCGUGUAAACCCUUGCGCCGUGGUGACAAUGGUCAUCGUGCACCAAGCUACAGAUCACUUAUUUAAGAAGACAUGGGGUGUAUGGGUUCCUGGUAUUCCACCGAAUGAAUAUACAAACCUUGUAUCAUCCACCAGCAGUUACAUUCACACCACUCAUGUUCCCUGCCAAAGUGGAAGCUCUUUAAUGUUUCUUUCCAACACUACAGUUACAUAUAUAGCAGUUAGUUGGAAUUCAUUUCUUCCAAACUCAACAUUGUUCUACAAGUUAACAUGCGAUGAAACUGAUGUCUCCCCGUGUAGCAGCGUACAAGUCUACCAUGCAAUCAUCACUUCAUAUAACGUGAUGCUCGUGACAGAACAUGGGAUUCUGGUCUCCAAUUCAUUGGGUAAAGAAUGCUCUUCAUCAGCUUGUAACAAUAUUAAAUUUCACCGUGUUGGUGAUUCACUUCAUACAUACAGCCCUGUAUGGGCUGAAGGGAAGUUAUCUUAUACUCCCGUUUGCAUCAGGUUAACGUCUAUAGCGCCACUUGAUGGUGUUGUUCUGUUUACUUUCAAAUCUGGAAAUGGCAAGAAUGUAAUUGCUUCCUCCAGUGAGACGUUCAAGGUUUGGAAAAUUUAUUCAACCAACCUAGAAAAAGUUAUGGCUGUGUAUGACCAACAGACUAGAAGUGUCAUCUCAAUCCACCAACCCAACAACAACUCCUCAGUUUCGCAAUCCAGAAUGUUGUCUUCGAGAAAACAAAGAUUUUCUUCAUUUAGUUUUCCGACCACCGGACACGUGACUUGCAUGCUUAUGAUGCCAAACCAUUAUCUUUAUGCUGCUGUAUCGAACACAAUGUGGCUUUCCACUGAUGGUGGUAACAUGUACAGCAAAAUUCAUGAAUUGUCGAGUUCUGAACAAGUUAUUAAGUUAGUUGGGCACGGAGAUGAAAACUCAAUCCUGGUUUUAACGAGCACUGGUGCAGUUUGGUGGGGAAAAGCGGGCUUCCUAGGUUUAAAACAUCUGCUCACUGUCCAGAACCCAUCAAAAGGCAUGGACAUAACAUUUGAUGGUACUGGCCAUCCAGUGUUACUAAACAGUGAGUCAGGAGCAAACCCGCUGCAUGCAAGGCUAGUUGAUGUGUUUAUCAAGUCAGAGGUUUGCAGAUAUUCUAUAAGUUCGAACUUACAAGAAAGUUUAUAUUAUUUGGAUCUUUCAACAUCCUUUAGUUUCUCUGUGUCCGCCACCAUGAAAAAUGACAACAGUAUAAUUCCUACCGGGAACUCAAUGGUAUCAAUUACGAUGGGAAAUCCACAAAUCUUCAAGUUUGAGUUGAACGAGUAUCGCGCAUCCAAGUUUGUCCAUCUUGUGCAAGUGGUGUUGACUGCUCGUUAUAAUAUAAAGGGAGUGAGUUCUAUCUCGUUCAACCUUAAAAGUGUUCGUAGCCCAUGCUCGGUUACCUCAUACACCCUGUUGAUUGUAGCAGAUUGCCCAAUCUCAAAGCAACUUCACUUUGAAUAUUCAUCCCUGCUUAUAACUGCCAAAGAAACUGUUCCUGUUCAAGAUUAUGUGUCUUCUAAUGUCAGCACAUAUGAACUACUGCAAGAACUUCCACGUAACUACCGACCCCCUUCAUCGAUGGCUGUAGCUAUUCCGAUAUCGGGGAACGUCUACAAUGUUCACCCACAGACCAUUUCUGAUGAAAGGUUUAUGACAUACAGUUACUCAGCUAAACGAAGAUUAAAAGGAUUCUGCGAUAAUAAAUUGAACCGAACAUCAUGUAGUUGUACCUCAGCUCAUAAGUUUUCUUCACUUGAGAAAUAUUCUGAUUGCAGAGAAAAAGUUUACAAAGUUUUAUACGACUAUACAUACAAACUUAACUUCUCCAUGCUGCACAACAAAAUGCAUUAUACCCAUAAUGAGGAUUCUGAAGAUAUUUCCAAAUACCUUAUUUAUAUUGAGGAAGUGAAUGGGAGAGACGACACUGUGUAUUUUGCAAGUGAUAAUGCAGAUACAUUCUGUUCCACCAAACCAAACCAAGUUUUAUGUCGGUCAAGGGUUGACGAGCACACCCCGCCCGACAGCGAAUCUGCCAAGUUGCUCAACUUUCUCACCUCUGGUAAAACAAAGAGAGUUUUCAAUGCAAGUCAACUUUCUAUUAAAUUCUUGGGCAUGGGCCUUUUUCACUUCCGUGUGACAUUGGCAACCGGAUAUUCAUUCUGUUCGCUUCAAGAUGAGUUUCAGGCUUAUGUCAUCAACCCUCCAUUACCGUUCCCAACUGGGACCAUUAUUCGUCUCACUGUUUCAUUCUCAAUGGGAGCAGUAAUGGUGGCAAUCUACAUGAGGCUGAUAUUUAAAAAAUACAACAAAGAAGAUAAAAAUGUGGAAAGUAAUGUACAAAGUGUGAAUAACCACCACAGAAGACCACGGAUGUCUAUUGUUACUGAGGAAGACAUGAAAGCACUGAGGAGCAAAUUAAGAUCCAGCUUCCAAGCUUAGAUAUCUGUUUUCUUAUCAGAACUAUUGCUAAUUAUUCCAACAAAACACCCGUUAAAAAUA